UGAUAACAGCGAUUAGUACUAUUUAAACCUAACGCUAGUCUAGACAUGAACGUCGCUGUAGUCAUCGGGGCUGCCAGCAACCUAGGAUAUCAUGUAUUGAAGAAACUCGCAACAAUCUACGAUGGGAAAAUCUACUUCACAACAGAAGAUGAAACUAUCGGCUAUCACAUUUACGAAUCCCUCGACAAAAACCCUAAUCUCGAAUACUUUAGAAUGGACAUAACUUAUACGAAGAGUAUCAUCAACUUACGGCAUCUCAUUCAAGACCGAGACGAGAGGAUAGAGCUAUUGAUAAAUAAUACGGAUUAUGUAUCAGAGAAGAACUUGGCACGAGCCGAAAAAGUACGCCGGACGCUUAGUGUAAACUUCUAUGGUUACAUAAAUUUUGGCAAACUUGUUUAUCCUCUGUUGACAGAAAAAGCCAGAGUUAUUAAUGUGUCAGGUCCCGCGGGGCUCUUGGCUACGAUCAAAAAUGAAGAGAUCAGAGCGAGAAUUAGUAAUCCAAACAUUACAGAAGAUGAAUUGGUUGCUGUGAUGCAGGAGUACGAAGAAGCCGUCAGAAGGGGAAUUGAGAAAACAGAAGGUUGGGGUAUGAGUAUGCAUGCCGUUAGUAAGGUGGCCCUCAACGCUGUAACUUUUCUCCAACAUAGAGAAUGGUCUGAACAAGGGGUAAUGAUAAACUGCGUGAAUCCCGGCAGCUUAUCUAGUAAAGAAGAUAGGAAGUCAACAAAGGUGUACGAGGAAGGCGCUAAGGCUGUUUUGUUUCUAGCAACAGAGGCACCGUUAAGUUUAAAAGGCAAUUUCGUAUGGAGCAAUUACAAUGUCAUUCCUUGGAACACAGAUCCAUUCGUCGAAGUGACCACUGUUUGAAAUGAGGUUAAAAUCAGAACAACGAGAAAUGUUUUAAGUGCGUACUUGUGAACUGCUAAAGCGAAGACUCUUUUGCUGGAAUAAAGGAUUCAAAGCUGCAAAUUGUUAGGAUUUUAUUGAGAUUUUUAUAUCUGCAAUAACUGUAACUGGUAGUUUUGUCUUUAGAAUUUAUGGGCUAUAAUAACAGAGGCUAAGCAGUGCUCGCAUUCGCGCGGUCAUUAAAACAGGAAUAUGUCCCGCUAACUUGUAGAUAUACGUGUUUGUAUUUGUUCGAAAAUUUAAGUAAAGUAGUAAAUUUGGCUAUGGGUUAAGAGUACUAUUUACAUUAUUAAAUUAACCAAAAGGUUAAAGUUAGUUUGCUUUCUUUGUGAAGUUUAAUUACAUUUUAUGUGAAUUACCUAUGUCGAAUAUUUGAACCAAAUUCUUAAAAGGCCGGCAACGCACUCGCGAGCCCUCUAGCAUCUAGAGAGUGUCCAUGGGCGGCGGUAUCACUUAAAAUCAGGGUCUCAUCAGGAGGCUCCUGCUGCCCGUUUGCUCCAAAAAUGUUUUGAAAAAUAUUUCCUUGUUCUUGACUAAACUAUAUGUAUUUUAAUUUUUAUAUAUUAAAAUUAAAAACAACUAACGGUGGUACGAUUACAUUUUUUGUUGAAACGGCAUCUAUCUAAUAGAUUAUUAGAAAAAUAAUUUGAAGUAAUAUAUAUUGUUGUAAGAAUCAUCUCAAGUUGCGAAUCGUUGUCGGUCAUAAAUAAAAGUUAAACCAGGCGACUAUAUCACGAGGUCGUUGCAUCUUUUAUGGUUGUUGUUGUGAUUUCUACUUUUGUGGACAAAGUACGGAAUGUCGCAUAUAAAAUACGGACGGUAACUAUGAACUAUACACAUUUCGGUCUUAUUAUAUAACUCUCGACUAGUUUCUCAGUUUAAACUAUUCCAUACAAAUGUUCCGGGUUAUCGUUAAUAAAAGAAAUUGUAACAUUGAAAUGCAGCUAAUUAACAAUAAUUAUGCGUUAAUUUGUUUUAUUAUUAUGAAACUCACUAUAUAUACUCCUAUUUUUUAGAGUAAUUUAUUAA